AUGAAUCAACUUCAAGUUUUACUACAUACAGCAUUGAUUGAUUCAGGUCAUAUUGAAAAAUGUGGUUUACUUAUACGUGAUACUAGUCAAAUAAAGACAACAUCUGUUGGUUAUAAACUUGAACAAUCAGAUGUUGAUACACUUGUAAAUGCAUUCAAUCAACCAACACUUUUACGUAAAAAAGGUCUUUAUUUUAAUGAAGUCUAUUAUACAUGUAUUCGAGCUGAUAACGAAGCUAUCUAUGCUAAAGAAAACAAUAGAGGAUUGAUUUUAAUUAAAACAAAAGUUUAUAUUCUUUUUGGUACAUUUAAUGAUCGAAUGAAUCCAGCAAUUGCCAUUGAAGCUAUAGAGAAAUUAGGUGAUUAUUUCAAAGCGAAAGAACAACAGUAA